UGUCAUUAAGUUGCAAAUGCAAGGUGUGAACGUCGAAAACGUCGUUCUGUACCGGUAGUCCAAGUUUAUAAACGCAUAUAAUGGCAGCAAUUACUACAUUAAACCCUAAAGCUGAGCUUGCCAGAGCUUCCCAGGCUCUCGCUAUUAAUAUUUCUGGAGCGCGAGGCAUACAAGAUGUGCUUAGAACUAAUCUCGGACCUAAAGGUACCAUGAAAAUGUUGGUUUCAGGAUCUGGAGACCUAAAAAUUACUAAGGAUGGAAAUAUUCUCCUUCAUGAAAUGCAAAUCCAGCAUCCAACAGCAUCCCUGAUAGCCAAAGCUUGCACAGCACAAGACGACAUCAUUGGUGAUGGCACCACCUCCACAGUGCUCAUCAUAGGUGAACUCCUCAAGCAAGCUGACUCCAGGAUACAAGAUGGUCUCCAUCCUAGAAUCAUUGCUGAGGGCUUUGAUAUUGCUAAGCUGAAGGCAAUGGAUGUGCUGAAGAAGAUGAGCAUCCCGUGCCCGGAUUUGACUCGUGAGCAGCUGGAAGCUGUGGCGCACACAGCACUGGCCAGCAAAGUGGCCGCCGUGAUGGCCAAGCAGCUCACCACUGUCUGCUGUGAUGCUGUCGAGGCCAUCAGGAAACCUGAUGCUGAGCUGGACCUGCAUAUGGUUGAGAUCAUGGAAAUGAAGCAUAAAACUGACCUGGACAGCACACUUGUGCGAGGCUUGGUAUUGGAUCAUGGCGGCAGACAUCCUGACAUGCCAAAGAGCGUACACAACGCCUUUGUUCUCACCUGCAACGUCUCUAUGGAGUACGAGAAAACUGAGGUCAACUCGGGCUUCUUCUACAAGAGCGCCGAGGAGCGUGACAAGCUUGUGUCAGCUGAGCGCGAGUUCAUUGAAAAGAGAGUCAAAGCCGUGGUGGAACUAAAGAAGAAAGUCUGCAAGUCCCCUGACCAGUCUUUCGUGGUCAUUAACCAGAAAGGCAUCGAUCCAAUUUCUUUGGAUAUGCUCGCAAAAGAAGGCAUCCUGGGUUUGCGACGAGCGAAGCGGCGUAACAUGGAGCGUUUGGUGCUGGCGUGCGGAGGUGUUGCUGUCAACAGCUUUGAAGAUCUUGAUGAAGCCUCGCUUGGUUAUGCUGGCCAUAUCUACGAACACGUCCUUGGUGAAGAUAAGUACACGUUUGUAGAGGAAGUGAAGAACCCCAAGAGUGUGACAGUGCUGCUCAAGGGGCCGUACAAGCACACGCUGCAGCAGAACAAAGACGCCCUCAGGGAUGGGCUUAGAGCGAUCAAGAACGCCCUCGAGGACAGAGCUCUGGUGCCUGGUGCAGGGGCUUUUGAGUUUGCUUGCUACAACGCGCUGGUGGCCGCCGAGUCUCAAGUCAACGGGCGUGCUCGCUACGGCGUCAGGGCGUUUGCUGAUGCUCUUCUCGUCAUCCCUAAAACCCUGGCACAGAACAGCGGACACGAUGCUCUGGACUGUCUGGUAAAGCUUUCCGAAGGCCAGAAAGUUGCUCCUGAAGGCACCUACGUUGGGCUUGACUUAGAUACUGGAUCUUCCAUGGACCCAGUGGCCACUGGCGUCUAUGACAACUACUGCGUCAAGAGGCACAUGCUUGAUGCUUGCACUGUUAUCGCUCGCAACCUGCUCAUCGUGGACGAGAUCAUGAGAGCUGGCCUGUCGCAGCUCAAAUAAUCCUUGAUACAGUCGAGGUCGCCCGCACGACAACGUCCGCCACGUGAAGAAGUCGACUUUCUCAUCGCCUUCAACGGAACUAACCACUCGCUGUGUCGACUUCAGUUUAGAAAACGUACGGCUGUCCCAGUGCCCCUUACUUCCGUUACUAUUAACACCCUAUGUUUUGUUUUGUCCAUUCCGCCUAUUAAUUGAUCUCCCUAACCAUUGUCUGCACUCGAAUUUAUUUAAUAAAAUGAACGUAACGUG